AUGGAUGCAACGAUAUUUCCAAAUUCGAAUCAUCUCGAGAAAUGUCAAGCUGAGCAUACUUCAAGACGCCAGACAAAAGACACCAUUAAAGGGAAUAUGAAGGAAGUUUUUUCGAGAAAGAAUGUUCGUCAGAGAAAUGAAAUGAGUAAAUAUACAAAGAAUAUGCAACUUAGGCCAAACACAAUUAAUUUUUGCAUCAGUAAAUGGAUCAAAGAAGCUUCUUUGUUAUAA